AUUAAAUUACAGAACUCUAUACAAAAUUUAUUAAACAUAACCUAUCAUUUCACCAUAUCUUGAACUGUACAGAUUAAACAAAAAGAAUGAUCCAAAAAAUCGAAAAUAAAGACAAAUUCGAAGACAUAAUUGAGAAUGAUCAUUUAUCUAUAAUUCAUUUCUCGGCUGAUUGGGUUGAACAAUGCAAACAAAUAGAUGAACUUUUAGAAGCUUUGGCAAAACAAAACGCUACAUCAACAACAAAGUUUCUUAAAUGCGAUGCGGAACAGUUAUCAGAUGUGUCACUUAAAUACAAAAUUGAAGCUGUACCAACUGUAAUACUCUUUAAAUCUGGAAAAGAAUUAGAACGUGUCGAUGGCGUAAAUCCCGGUAAAUUGACGACAUCCAUAAAGAAGUAUGCUGAAAUAGAAGCGAUCGAAGCUAAAACGUUAGAGGAACGAUUAAAAUCGUUAAUAAAUAAACACAAAAUCAUGCUAUUUAUGAAAGGAAAUCCCACAACUCCAAGAUGUGGUUUUAGCAGGCAAAUUAUUGAGAUCCUCCGUAAUGUUGGGGAGGAUUUCGAUACUUUUGAUAUUUUGGAGGAUGAAGAAGUUCGGCAAGGUCUUAAAACAUUCUCUGAUUGGCCCACAUACCCCCAAUUGUAUGUUAAAGGAGAACUUAUUGGUGGAUUAGACAUUGUCAAAGAGUUAGUGGCUUCUGGCGAACUUUCAGAUACCUUGAAGGGUUAAUUAGUUUUUUUUUGCAUUUAGAACAUGCAGAUGCAUUUCAAUAAAACAUUUUCAAAUUCC